CGCAGGCCUUGCUCGACGGCGGACUCGUCGUGCAGAACACUCUAAACGUCGUGCAGCACGUCUGGCAGCUGACCACCGUUACACAGGACUUCUGCUUCCCUUCCCGGCCUCGGUCUUGUGAUUCAGACGUCUCCAAUCCGGCGUCCUCGGGAGUGCCGCUAUCCCCUACCAGCACUCCGGAACACAUAGGCUCAGUUUAUCACCGGCGCAGGCCCGGAAGAGGCUGCAGACUUUCAACUCACGACCUCCACGUACAACUGUGCAAGAGGACCAAGUGGCAUAGAACUCGGCGAAAUGUCGUCAGUAGUACAGAAGGCCAGCAGUAAUGUCCGGGCGGCUGUGUCGCAGCGGGCCCUCACCUUCGACAAACUCAAGACCGCGCUGUUUUUCUAUGUCGUAUGGACAAACUCGCUCAAGCUUUACCGGCACCUCUGUGCGCGGGGCAUCGCAUCGACCCUUACGGACGUAUACAAAUGGGUCGCACAGAAAGUGAUCUUGCUCGUGCUGCGCAUGCCGAAGAUGAAGAAGAAGGUCGAGACGGAGAUGGCGAAGGCUAAGAUCGACAUCGAGAGCAAGCUUGUGCCACAAGGUCCUAAUGUCAUCCGGCACCUAUCCUUACCGUCCCAAGGUAAGACGUCCGACUGGAUUACCCAGGAGAUGCAGCGGAUGGAUGAGGAGAUGGGGAACGAGGUUGACUGGAGGAGUGGGAAAUUGAGCGGAGCCGUCUACCACGGUGGUCCCGACAUGGAACAAAUCAUUGUUGCUGCCUUCCAGCGCUACUGUGUCUCGAACCCCCUCCACCCGGACGUCUUCCCAGCUGUACGCAAGAUGGAGGCCGAGAUUGUCGCCAUGUGUCUACGGAUGUACAACAACCCUGACGGUGCUGGUACGACCACGUCGGGAGGGACCGAGAGUAUCGUAAUGGCGGUCAAGACCCACAGGGAAUGGGCACGCUUGGAGAAGGGUAUAACUGAACCUGAAAUGGUCGUACCCGAGUCCGCGCACGCUGCGUUCGAUAAAGCCGCGGACUAUUUCAAGAUCAAGUUCCACUCAAUCCCGGUCGACCCCGUUACCCGCCAAGUUGACCUCAAGCGGGUCAAACGCGCCAUUAACGCCAACACGAUCAUGCUGGUGGGCUCCGCUGUCAACUUCCCCGACGGCAACAUGGAUCCCAUCCCGGAACUCGGCGCGCUCGCCAAGAAGCACAACAUCGGCCUGCACGUCGACUGCUGCCUCGGCUCGUUCAUCGUGCCCUUCCUCGACGAAGCGGGGUUCAGCGAGUUCCCAGACUUCACCGGGACAGGGGGGCGCAAGAAGGUGCCGCUGUUCGACUUCCGCGUCCCCGGGGUAACGAGUAUCAGCUGUGAUACGCACAAGUAUGGGUUUGCGCCCAAGGGUUCCUCUGUCGUCAUGUACAGAAACGCGGAGCUACGAAGGCACCAAUAUUAUCUGAAUCCGGAAUGGAUGGGGGGUGUGUAUGCUAGUCCUAGCUUAGCCGGGUCUCGGCCUGGCUCACUGAUUGCUGGCACAUGGGCCGCCAUGCAAUAUAUGGGUCGCGAUGGCUACCUGGCGUCCUGCAAAUCCAUCGUCUCCUGUGCCCGCAAGAUCGGCCAAGCGAUAACUGACUCUAUCCCCGAACUCUACGUCCUCGGCAAUCCACCAGCCUCUGUCGUCGCCUUCGCCUCGCGAUCACCGCAGGUUAAUGUUCUGGAGGUCGGGGACAAGAUGCGCCAGAAGGGGUGGCACUUGAACGGGCUUAUGCGACCCGCGGCGGUGCAUAUUGCUUGCACGCGCUUGACGGUCCCGAUCGUGGACCAGUUCAUCGCGGAUCUCAAGGACUCCGUCAACGAGGCCAAGUUGAGCCCUUCUGGCCAAGGGUCUAUGGUCGCGGUCUACGGCUUGGGAACUUCAAGUGCCGUAGGGCCGAAGAUGGUCAGUCGGUUGGCCACCGCUUUCUUGGAUGCAUUGUACAAGGCUUAGGGAUGGGCUUGGGGACGGUUUGCUUCUGAAUUGUCGUAGUGGCUCUUAUGUUCUUAACUUUAUCAUUCAGAUUAUGCCUUCUAUAUUCAGAU